AUGGACAAUGAAUUAAUAGAUAUACCAAUUGAUUAUGAUGAACCAAAAUUAGACUCACAGGAAUCCUACCUGACAUAAUCGGAAUAGGUGUCUUAAAUACUUUACCCGCCUCUCCCAAUACUCAAAGCUGAAUCUUCUGAGAAAUCAAAUAUUCAUAAAAUCAGCUUCCACCUUACAGAAAAAGUUCAGUAGAGUUACACAUAAUAUUACGAAAAUAUUUCCUAUUAGCUUUGGAGUUAAGUGGAAGAAGAACCUGCUCAUACAGUACUAAGAAAAUACACACAUUUCGAAUGGUUGAAUGCAGCAUUAAAGAGAGAGUUCCCAGGACUAUUAAUUCCAGCCAUCCCACCAAAAUCAGUUUUAGCUAAAAUUAAUCUAACUGAGCAUACUUAGUUAGUGAGAGAGAAACGAUAUAGAGUAAUUUAUUUAUAUAAAAUGUUAGCAAUUGGCAGAAUUUUUAAAUAAAAUCAAAGAUCACCCUCAAUUGUAAGUUAGUAGUAAAUUUCAAGUAUUUCUAACAGCAUCUUAAGAAGUAUAAAUAAUUAAUAGAUUUACAGGCCAUGCAAUAAGAACUCUUGGAAUUGUCAUAGUAUCAAACCUAUGUUCAUCAGAUAGGAUCAGCCAUUGCAAAUGCUGGAUCAAAGGCUUAUGAUCUUGCCAAAGGAUCUUUUAAUUAUUUAAGCAGUUUCAUUUACAAUAGUUAAUUGAAUUCCCAAAAAUAAAUGCAAUACCCUGAAUUAGAGAUUCCCCAUGAAAUCAAGGAAUGCUUUGAAAGUUGGGAGGAUGUAUUGAAAAAUCUUAUUAUUUAGUUAUUGAUCGAAGAAUAAUAGAAAGUUAAAAGAAUCUUUGAAUACUAUUAAAAUAUUGUUAACAUUAAAUUAGAACAAAAUGACGAAACUAAAAAAGUAAUAAGUUCAAUGAAGGAACUCGAACUCCCUUAAUUGGAAAAGGACAUCAAAAAGACUGAAGUUAGUUGUUACCUCAAUGAGAACAUUUUAAAUGAGAUUAAGUUAAGUGUAAUAUUCAAAUUAGAGGUACAUGAAUCCUGUUAAUUAGCUCUGUAUAUUGGAUUUAGAUGAAGCUGUCGGAUUAAUUAGAAGCCGAUCUGAUUUGGUUUAUUAGAUUCAAUAAUAAAUCAAAAUGCACAAUCAAAUUGAAUCUUUUAAUGGUAUAUUUGAAUUAUUUACUCAAGAAAAAAUCUCAUAUAAGGAGUAAAUUAGAGAGAAUCAAAAAGUACUCAAAAUCUUAGAAUCGAACUUUUAGAAAGAUAUUACGAGAUUUGCUAAUUGGGUUAACAACUAUCUCUAAUCAUUAAUUAAGAGUUAUAAUGAAUAGUUUUAAAAAUUGUAUAAAGAAUAAAACAAAAAUUGGAAUGAAUGA